AUGACUUUAUUGGAUGUGUUAACUAUGGAGAUGGGAAUGAGGACAGUUGCUUCAGAGGUGUUGGUUUUUUAUGUUGUUGGUCUGAGAGAAGCUUGGAGGCAUUCAACAGCUUAUUUUUAUACAAAUAAAUUAUCAUCUCACAAGUUGAAAGAUUUUAUAGAGAAAGCCAUUGAUAAGUUACAUAAUGCUGGAGUUAGGCAUAAGAUGAAAGUUAAAUAUGCAUCUCAAGUCUUUAGUUGCUCUGUGGCUAAAUCAUUGCAACUCUUAAACGGAUUUCAUGUUUUUUCUGACGUUUCUGAAACAAUGGCUUUUGUGAAAAACAUCAAUGAUCUUUUCCAUAUAUUGAACAACAAACUGAUACUAGAUAGAGAAUGGAAGCAAUCCAUUACAAAGAGCAACCUGACAGCCAAUAUAGAUAAACUUUAUGAAAUGAAAGCCUACUUGCUAAGUUUGAAAAAUUUAGAUGGUGUUAACAUUUACAAAACUCAAAGAAAAAUGUGCAUAAUUGGCUUGGACAAUUGA